UUCUCGAAUUUUCCUCCAGGAUCCGUGUGUCCAAAGAAUUGUGUGCGCAGAAUUUGAAUGUGAAGCUAGCUUUGACUGUCGAAGUCUUUACAAGUUGUCUGAAGAAUGGCUCAUACACCGCUUUCCGAAGGCUUCUUCGAGCGAGUUGCACGGAGCGAUGGAGGCCAGACUGAUGAACAGCCCGUUCUUCAAGUUAUUGGUACAAGGCCAUUGAACAACGGCGAAAGAUAUCGCUUGCUCGUUUCUGAUGGUCUAUAUUGCAAUCCCUGGGUAAUGUUGGCGACGCAGUUGAACGAAUUGGUUAUCAACAAAGCAAUUCAUCGGUUCUGCGUCAUCAAAGUCCGAAAACAUAUUUGCAACGUGAUGAACGCCAGCAAAAAUAGCGAUUCCAGCAGUAGGAAGAUAUUGAUCUUGCUGGAGGUUGACGUCCUGCAUGAAGGCGAAUCCAUUGGACAAAUCGGGAAUCCGACGCAGUUGAAUCAAGAUGGCAGUGUGAGCGCCCCCGCGUCUUCUGAAACCACCGCCACGACACCGGCGCCGAAACCGACCACGAACGGAGUCUCCGGAGUAAAAAGACCCUUGUCAUCUCCGAAUGUCGCGGAACAGCCAAAACCUAAGACCAAGUCGCACGUGGCAGCGUCGAACGAUCUCAGCAAGGAAACCAUCGCGCCAAUCUCUUUCCUUUCGCCGUAUCAAAACAACUGGGUUCUGAGAGCGAGAGUGACGCAAAAGUCUGAUAUCCGGACUUACUCGAAUUCCCGCGGUGAAGGAAAGUUGUUUUCUAUGACGAUUGCCGACGAAUCUGGAGAAAUACGGGUCACUUUCUUCAAUGAGGGUGUUGACAAGAACUUCGACAACCUGGAAGUUGGCCGAGUGUAUUACAUCAAGGGUGGUAGACUGAAGGCUGCGAACAAACAAUACAGUUCAGUCAAACAUGAAUACGAAAUUACCGGGGGAAAUGAAACUCAAAUAAUUCCCUGUGACGAAGACACGAAAGAUAUCCCGAGGACUUCGUUCAACUUCGUGAGGAUUAAGCAAAUUGCCGAUACGAACGCUGAUGCGAUUAUUGAUGUUAUUGGAGUUGUGAAAUCAGUCGGCGACGCGACGACGUUCACUGCCAAGUCGUCGCAGCGUGAGUUCACGAAGCGUGAACUCGUCUUGGUGGACGAAAGCCGAGCAGAAAUCAAUUUGACGCUCUGGGGAGACACAGCUGUGAAAUUUGAGCACGCUGACAACCCAGUCAUUGCCAUUAAGGGUGUCAAGGUGUCGGGCUUUGGCGGGAAGUCGCUGUCGACCACACAGUCUUCUUCCAUUUUUACGAACCCCGUGGACGUUCCCGAGGCUCACAAGUUACGAGGCUGGUUCGACAACGGGGGAAGAACGGAAGUGGUUGAAGCCCUGACGACGCAAGGGGGAUCAUCUGGAGGACACGUUUCCGGAGACCUGGGCUCUGUGGCAUUGGCGAAAUUGCCGAUCCCGGGCACGGAUGCCCGUUACGACGCAGUAUUGGCGUGUCCGGUGUCUUUCCGCGAAGCCAAUGCCGUGUACAAGUCCUGCAGCAACAAGGAUUGCAAGCGGAAAGUGCAGGAUGCCAAUGACGGAACUUACUUGUGUCCCAAGUGCAACAUCCCGAACAACACCGAGUUUACUUACAGAUACAUGCUGAAUGCGAAUGUGCGUGACGCUACGGACGGAGUUUGGGUCACAUUUUUCGACGAACAAGCCAAGCAGAUUCUAGGAGCUGAUGCCCAAGUCGUGGGCCAGGCUUUUUCGGACGAGGAGGAAUCCACGGCGCACAGGAUUUUCCAAGAAGCCCUCUUCCAACCUCAUUUGUUCAAGCUCCGUGGCAAAAUGGAAACUUACAAUGAUGACAAUCGCCUGAAAACUACUUGCGUGACAGUCCAGAAGUUGUCUACGGAUGAGCAAAUCAACUUCUUGGAGAAGGAGAUUGCCCGCUUGUGCAAUAAGCUGAAUGUCACGCCGGACUCG